AGUUGUUGUUAGUUGUUGCUGUCGAUUAGAACUCGUCUCGUCUUGUCUCGUCUUGUUUCGUCGAUCGCUUUGCAGUUGUUGUGAUUCUGUUUGCUGUGACAUUUAAUUGUACAAAAAUGAGCGAGUGUAAGCAGCAACUAGACCAGAAGGAGAGACCUGAAGAGAAGAGAAUGGAAAUAUUGCUGGAGCUCAAUCUCAAACAGAAGCUGGCCACAAGGCUGGGCAUUCUGAUCGUUGGCAGCAUUAUCUUUGGCCUCUUUUGCUGCCACAGCGCAUUGGCCAGCUUAACACUUGGCGCCCUCUUGGCCCUAAUGCUGCGCAAUCCAACAAAUGUCUUCGCCUUGGUGAUGACCUGUCGCAGGGAUGUCAUGGCCCUGCAACGUUUUGUGGCCUUAAAUUUGUAUCUGCUGCGCAAAGAUCGAGCUGGCUGCACCGUGGCGCAUUGCUUUGAGGAGCAGGCACGCCAGCAGCCGGAGAAGAUAUGCUUUGUGAUGGACGAGCGUCGCCUGAGCUACUCGCAGGCGCUGCUCUUCAGCCAGCGUGUGGCAGGUUACUUUCAGCAGCGUGGCCUGAAGCGCGGCGACUGCGUGGCACUGUUAAUGGAGACGCGUGUGGAGUACACCUGUUUCUGGCUGGGUCUCAGCCAGUUGGGCGUGAUAACCGCGCUGAUAAACUCCCAUCUGCGCGGCGAUUCGCUGCUGCACUGCAUCCGAGUGGCCAAGGCAUGUGCUCUGAUCGUUGGCAGCGAGCUGAGCGAUGUGCUGUUGAAUCUGCCGCCACUUGAACUGGACAUCUAUCAGUAUACGGAUGUGGAGGGGCAGCAGCUGCUGCCCAAUGCCAUCGAACUUCGCGACGCUCUCGAGGCACAACAGCCGCUGCCGCUAAGUCGUAAUCGGGAGAGUUCGUCGAAGGAUAAGUUACUCUAUAUUUACACUUCCGGCACGACGGGAAUGCCCAAGGCAGCUGUCAUCACGAAUCUGCGCUAUAUAUUCAUGUCCGCUGGCACUUCCUAUUUGGCGGGCCUGCAAAGCAACGAUGUGAUUUAUAAUCCUUUGCCACUGUAUCACACGGCUGGUGGCAUUGUGGGCGUGGGAACUGCCCUACUCAAUGGUAGCACUGUGGUGCUGCGCAAGAAGUUCUCCGCAUCGAAUUUCUGGAGUGAUUGCCGCAAACACAAUUGCACUGCGGCCCAGUAUAUCGGAGAGCUGUGUCGCUAUCUGCUUGCCACGCCAUUUGAGGCACAGGAGAAGCCUCUACACAAUCUCCGCUUGAUGUACGGCAAUGGAUUGCGACCGCAAAUCUGGACGCAGUUCGUCACACGUUUCGGCAUACCGCAUAUUGUGGAGAUCUAUGGCGCCACCGAGGGCAACUCCAAUCUAAUCAAUAUCACAAAUCGCUUGGGUGCCAUUGGCUUUGUGCCCAUCUUCGGACGUCGUCUGUAUCCGGUGCAGAUCCUACGCUGCGAUGAGCUGACGGGUGAACCGCUCCGCGAUGCCAAGGGCCGCUGUAUGCGCUGUGCGCCCGGCGAGGCGGGUCUGCUGGUCGGCAAGGUCGAUGACCGGCGUGCGGUGAGCGCUUUCCAUGGCUAUGUGGAUAAGGCGGCCUCCGAGCAGAAGCGAUUACGCAAUGUCUUCGCCAAUGGAGAUUGCUUUUUCAAUUCGGGCGACAUGGUCGUCGGUGAUAUAUUGGGCUAUAUUUACUUUAAGGAUCGCACUGGCGACACAUUUCGCUGGCGCGGCGAGAAUGUUGCCACCCAGGAAGUGGAGGCCAUCAUCACCAAUUGUGUUCGGCUCAACGAUUGUGUCGUCUACGGCGUUCAGAUACCACAUGUGGAGGGCAAGGCGGGCAUGGCGGCAAUUAUGGAUCCCACACGGAAGUUGGUGGACAUUGAGUAUUUGUCGAUUGUGAUACGGGGCAGUCUGCCCCCCUAUGCGCGACCCCUCUUCAUCCGGCUGCUAGAUGAGAUUCCGCGCACGGAAACGUUCAAGCUGAAGAAACGCGAACUGGCACUGGAGGGCUAUAAUCUGGAGAUAGUCAAGGAUCCCAUCUACUAUCUGAAUCGGGAUGGUGUCUAUCGGCUGCUCAGCACGGAGCAAUACGCCUCACUGCUGGCGGGCACGGCGGGUCUCUGAAAUCCGACAUGCUCACUUAGACUUUAGCCAUAGCUUGUAUAUUUACACACACAUACACACACCAUUACACAAACACACACACAUUCUUGCAAAUGUAUUUUUAUCACUUAAAAGCAACGACUGAUGAAACUUUAGCCAAA